GCGGCGGAUGCUCAUAAUGCGUCUCCAUCUGUCUGCGUGAGGGAUGGCGACUAAACCGCGCCAAGUCCAAGAGUGGUUAUCUACACGUUCGCACCUGUUCGGUUGGAUAAUGGCAGUUUAUGCCACAGGUGAAUGAAUUUCGGCUCAGUUUCUCCUAACAGUGUUUUGAAGCUGUUUUUCUGACUCCGACAUUCUGAUCGGGCUUGUUGCACCGUGGCAAUGGAUCUCAAAGUAGAAACCGAAGAAAUGGACACAAAUCAACCUCCACCCAUAGAAGUUUUUGCGCACAGCUCGACUCUGCACGGAAUCUCUCACAUUUUCACAUACGAGCGGCUCUGCAUCAAACGCUGCCUGUGGGUCGUGUUUUUCUUGGGGUCUCUGACCUUCUUGCUGUACGUGUGCGUGGACCGGAUCCACUUCUACCUCGAGUACCCGCACGUCACCAAACUGGAUGAGGUCACGACCCCGAUCAUGACGUUUCCAGCGGUCACCUUUUGCAACCUGAACGCGUUCCGCUUCAGCCAGGUGACGCGCAAUGACCUGUACCACGCAGGGGAGCUGCUGGCCCUGCUCAACCACAGGUAUGAGAUCAGGGACAUACAUCUUGUGGAGGAGAGCGUCCUGGAGAGCCUAAAGGUCAAAGCCGAUUUCCAUAAUUUCAAGCCGCGACCCUUCAACAUGCUGGAAUUCUACGACCGCACCGGCCACGAUAUCAAUGACAUGCUGCUCGCCUGCCACUUUCGUGGCAUCGAGUGCAGAGCGGAGGACUUCAAAGUGGUCUUCACUCGCUAUGGGAAGUGUUACACCUUUAACGCCGGCGGUGAUGGACUCCCUCCCCUAUCUACCACCAAGGGAGGUAUGGGUAAUGGACUCGAACUCAUGCUGGACAUUCAGCAGGAUGAAUACCUGCCUAUCUGGGGAGAAACAGAUGAGACUUCAUUUGAAGCUGGGGUCAAAGUUCAGAUCCACAGUCAGGACGAGCCGUCCUUCAUUGACCAGCUUGGGUUUGGAGUGGCGCCCGGGUUUCAGACGUUUGUUUCCUGCCAGGAACAGAGGCUGAUAUAUCUUCCCCCUCCCUGGGGAGACUGUAAGGUGACUGCCAUGGAUUCAGACUUCUUUGACAGUUACAGCAUCACAGCCUGUCGCAUCGACUGUGAAACACGCUACCUGGUGGACAACUGCAACUGUCGCAUGGUGCACAUGCCUGGCGAUGCUCCCUACUGCACCCCCGAGCUGUACAAAGAAUGUGCUGACCCAGCUCUUGACUUCCUGGUGGAGAGAGACAAUGAUUUCUGUGUGUGUGAGACACCGUGCAACAUGACCAGAUACAGCAAAGAGCUGUCUUUCGUCAAGAUCCCCAGCAAGGCCUCCGCUAAAUAUCUGGCCAAGAAAUACAACAAAUCUGAGCAUUAUAUUAAAGAGAAUAUUCUGGUUUUAGACAUCUAUUUUGAGGCUCUCAACUAUGAAACUAUUGAACAGAAGAAGGUUUAUGAAGUGGCUGGACUUUUAGGUGAUAUCGGUGGUCAGAUGGGACUUUUUAUCGGAGCGAGCAUACUCACCAUUCUGGAGCUUUUUGACUACCUUUAUGAGGUGAUAAAGUACAAGUUGUGUCGCUGCUCCGAUAAGAAGCACAACAACAACAACAACAACGACCAGGGGACGGUCCUGAGCUUAGACGACGUCAAGUGUCACGUCAGUAACUUUCAUUAGGCCUCUGUAGCCGCGAGG